AUGCCGACUUUAUCUUUGAUCGACUUCAACAUCGUUUGUGCGACGCUUGGCGGGUUCGUCUCCAUCUUCGGGUUGGUCUCGUACCUGUUCAAGGAGAGAUUCUACCUAUCCGAAGCAUUAAUCUCCCUACUGGCCGGGGUGAUAUUCUCUCCCCACGCCGCAAACUUCAUCCGACCACUCGACUAUGCGCUCGGCACAGAGCAAAACCUCGACCAGAUCACGCUCUGCUUCACCAGACUCGUCCUGGGCGUCCAGCUAGUCCUUGCCGGCGUCCAGCUGCCGAAGCGGUACCUGCAAAUCGAAUGGCGGAGCCUCUCGCUACUUCUUGGUCCCGGCAUGACUGCAAUGUGGAUGUGCAGCGCCCUCGUGAUCUGGGCCCUCGUGCCUAAUUUUUCGUUCCUGCAUGCCCUUGCUGUUGGCGCCUGUGUUACGCCAACAGACCCUGUGCUGUCCAACUCUAUCGUCAAGGGCAAGUUCGCUGAUAAGAAUGUGCCCCAGCCACUGCAGCGAAUUAUCAUUGCCGAGUCCGGUGCGAAUGAUGGACUGGGUUAUCCGUUUCUUUUCUUUGCGAUCUACCUGAUUCAGUAUACAGGUAUGGGCGGGGAGGGGUUUAGCGGGGGUGCUGGGAAAGCCAUGGGCUUGUGGUUUUAUGAGACUUGGGCUUAUACGAUCCUGCUGAGUGUCGGGUAUGGAGUCACUGUUGGUUGGAUCUCUAGGGAAAUGCUUCACUGGGCGGAGGAGAAGCGCUAUGUUGACCGCGAGAGUUUUCUCGUCUUUGCCAUUGCGCUUGCGCUCUUUAUCGUAGGAACCUGCGGGCUUAUCGGAACAGACGACCUACUCGCUUGUUUUGUCGCAGGCAACGUCUUUACCCAAGACGACUGGUUCCGCCUCGAAACAAUGGACGACUCCCUCCAGCCCACAAUUGACAUGCUCCUCAACCUGGCAGUCUUUAUGUGGUUCGGUGCCGUCUGUCCCUGGUCGCUGUUCCUGAACAACAAUGUAAUCCCACUCUACCGCCUCGUCUUUCUAGGAGUCCUGAUCCUCCUCGUCCGCCGCUUGCCUAUCAUCUUCGCCAUGCACAAGUACAUCGACCAAAUUGAGAGCCUCUUCCAGACAUCCUUCGUCGGUUUCUUCGGUCCUAUCGGCGUUGGUGCGAUCUUCUACCUCUCUGUUAGCCGCGAGUACCUCCAUAAGAUCACCGUCGAUGGUAAGGUCCGCGAGGAUGCGCAGCAGGUAUCUGAUGCGAUUGAGGUUAUUGUGUGGUUCCUUGUUAUUUGCAGCAUUGUGGUGCACGGCCUCUCCAUUCCGUUCGCAAAAGCAGGCUACCACCUCCCGCGCACCAUCUCGGCCGCAAUAAGCACCAGCACAACAGCAGAACUAGAGCCCGCCCCGCUGGCGUCGAACGUGCCCACACAUAGCACGGCCACGCCGCACGGGAAUACUGAAUUAACCAGUCGACGGACGAGAAGGCAUGGUGCCGAAACUCUACCUGCAUCUGCAACGACAACUCCAGGUUCUGGCUCUGGCUCUGCAUCCGAUUCUGGAUGGAUGCCGAAAGGUGGAGUGCUGCCAAGGUACUCGCAUUCAUAUUCGCGUACACCCGAGCCUGUAGCUUUCCAGAUCGGUCGGAGCGUUGCGAGGACCAUGUCUCCGUCUUCUGAGGCACAGCUUGGAUCGGGGGGUGGGGAGGAGCCUUCGAGGCCGGUGAAUUUGGUUUUGAAGGCGGCGGCUGCGGAUGGGGAGGAUGUCGAUAGAGUGAGGACUGCUUAG